UCUCGGGAAAGCGUCUGCUCCGGUUCCAGCGGGCUGCCCUCUUAGUUCCUGUUUGGAAAAGGCCGCUCGAGCUCGCUUCUGCAGACAUGGCUCUCAGUAGCAUCCUGAGCAGAGAGUCUCUGGGGCUUUUCGGUUCUGAUGCCGGGUCUAUCGGGGCUGGUUUCAGCGUGGGUCGAACCGGGCUGGGCUUCAGCUCGGUUUCGGGCGACGGGCUGAGCUUCGACGUAAGAGCGCCGCCUUACACCGGUGACGAAGCGGCCCCGGAGUCCAAGAUCGAGUUCCUCCAUGGGACCACGACUCUGGCCUUUAAAUUCCAGCAUGGUGUGAUCGUGGCGGUGGACUCGCGGGCCACGGCCGGCUCCUACAUCGCCUCGCAGACGGUGAAGAAGGUGAUCGAGAUCAACCCGUACCUGCUGGGCACCAUGGCGGGCGGCGCAGCGGACUGCAGCUUCUGGGAGCGGCUGCUGGCGCGGCAGUGCCGCGUGUAUGAGCUGCGCAACAAGGAGCGCAUCUCGGUGGCGGCCGCGUCCAAGCUGCUGGCCAACAUGGUGUACCAGUACAAGGGCAUGGGGCUCAGCAUGGGCACCAUGGUGUGCGGCUGGGACAAGAGGGGCCCGGGUUUGUACUACGUGGAUUCGGAGGGGAACCGCGUGGGAGGGGACCUGUUCGCCGUGGGCUCGGGCUCCAUGUACGCCUACGGCGUUGUGGACAGUGGCCUGCGGCCCGAGCUGAGCGUGGAGGAGGCCUGCGAGCUGGGUCGACGCGCCAUCUACCAGGCUACCUACCGGGAUGCCUACAGCGGAGGCGUGGUCAACCUGUAUCACGUGCACAGCCAGGGAUGGGAGCGAGUGUCUCAGGACGACGUGCUGCAGCUCCAUCAGCAGUACAAGGCGGAAGUGCAGGAUUAGGAGGAGCCUUUGGAGGGGGUGGGGCUUGUUAGCUGGGUGGGUGUGUCCUCAUGUUUAGUGGGUACCUUUGAUUGGACUGGAAACACGAGAGUGCCAAGACUUCAGUACCAGGUGCUGAAACAGCUGAUCUGGGUCAGGUGUGAUCUACGGGGGGGUCUGGAUUGAAUGUGACAUCACAGGACCAAUGUUUAAGGAACUGCCACACGCUGUCCAAGGUGCCCGUGAUGUGGCCCGUCACCCCCAUCUCCUGUCUCCGCGGGACGUGACAGUUUGCUGCCGUAAGACAUGCUGUGGUUACUGGAGCGGCAGGUUGGGUGUGUGUGGUGGGGGGGGUGGUGUGUUUCCCUCCCGGGCUGAUGAUCAGCUUGUAGCUGAUUAAUCUCCUCUGCCCCCACCCCACCUUGCCUGUUUCAGCUUAAUAAACAUGAAGCUGGAAAUGAAAAA